AUGUUUCUCUUUUCGUUUCUUUUUCUCUCACGAGCAGAAGAAACAACAAAAUUAUAUGGUACAUGGGGAGAUUCAUACAUCGAAGAUGAAACAUUGCUAUUUUUUGAGUUCUUAAGGCCCGAUUUAACUGUUCAUGUUCAACAUCUCCUUCAAGAUGAGACAGACUUAACAAAAGAUAAAGUUUUACGUUUAUUAAAUCAAGAAUGGAUGCCAAAAUCCGUACUUGGCUUACUAAAUCUUUCUCUUUCAUGGAGAUAUUUUCAUCCUCGCGCUUCAGCAGGCAGGAGCAAAGAAAAUACGAUUUCGGAGCUACGCGGCUAUGGAUUUUCAGUUCCAAAUGACUUCAAUGAGAACAAAAUCAAGAAUUUUUCAGCGCGUUUCUUAUCAAGAUUGUAUUCUUUCCCAAAUGCUCAAGAUAGGUUCAGUUUCUUGAGGAACUCAGCUGCCAAUUUUCCUGGAGAGUAUCCUUUUCUCGAAAACCAUCCAAUAUUCGAUAGUUUAAUUGAUUCAUUCAAAAAUUUAACUUCGAAUACAAGUUUUGCCGAAACAAUCAGUAUAAAUGGUAGAGUAGUUGAUGGCACAUCUCAUGACGUCCUUCGUGCUCUUCUAGAAGAAACGCAAACGAAAUUUAUUUUAUCACAUCUUCAAUUUACGAAUUCGACCGACUACGAACAAAUAAUUUACAGUCCAACCGUCAAAGAAGUUUACAAUUACGUUUCUCCGCCUCAUUGGCAUCGAGAUUUGACACAUCACGAUUUCUUCAAUGUUUUACAGAGAUCUCCCAAGGAACUCAACGUAAAUGCAACAUCGCCUGAAGAGUUCAUGAGAUACAAGGAAGUUUUGUCGUCAAUUCAACUUUUUGUGAAUAUAAAUAAUCCGAUGUCGAAAUAUUUACUUUACGACCUUCUAGAGCUUGCAAGAUCCGAAAUACCUUAUGUAGUUAAUGUUUACUGCCUCGGAGAUCUAACAAAUGAGACAGAAAAGAAAAUUGUUUAUUCAUAUUUGAAAACUGAGGAAACUCUUGGCGCAAGAACAGCCAUUAAAUACUUAUUCGAUGCCUUAGAGAGUGGCAACAUCAAAAAGGAAUAUAAAGCAACUCGUCCGAUUAUUAAUUGGAAUGAUAUUGAAAAAAGACUUUACAACGAUACAGGGUUCACCGCUAUCGUUAAUGAUCUCAAUGAUUAUUAUCAAAAAGUUGGAAUUAACGAUACAACGUAUUCUGUCAAUGGUAAUUUCGUAUCUGGACCUUUGUCGUAUUUAGAAUGGCGCAGAUUUUAUUUACAGCAAGUAAAUAGACUCAUGGAUGCUGCCAAACAAGGAACGUUCGUAACAAAUCAGUCUUUGACGGAUUAUCUCAAAAAUAAUUCAAUUGUUCUUGAAAAAAUGCGGCCACCGAUAAAAAUCCGAAAUGAGCAGAUUAUCACAUUCUCGGGUAUCGAUAGCCGAACCAUUAUUUCCAUUUUUGAGAAUUUAUUUAAUCGUCCUUCUUAUCGACAUCGCCAGGCAGAGAUGCCGAUUCCUGUUUUCUUUGUCGACUGCAAGGCCAACCUCAGUUACGCUUCUGUAAAAGAAGACGUUCCAAAUUUCGAAUUUUACGAAAUCGAGUCAGGAGAGAUUGAUCCGGAGCUGAGAUUGCUUCUCCGAAUAGGAAGUUCUCCGAAAACGAUCAUUGGUCCACAUAUUUUCGAAGGAAACCUUAAUGGAGAACAAUUCGAUUACGCUUUGAGGUAUGUACAAAAGAGAUAUUGCCAUAAUAUCACAAAUAAAGCAACGUCACCACAAGUCUUCUACAUAACUAUCCUCAGAGCUUCACAAUUCUUAAAUGGAAUCAAAAGAACGAAAUUUGUUAAUCCAGAAACAAAUUUGUACAUUAUAGAUUACUCAAAUCCAAAUGCUGAGAUGGCCUACAGCCUAAUUACUAAUCCUUUCUCAAUAAAUUUCAGAGAAAUAAUUGAAGUCGCUUCCCACGUCGGCCAAUCCGGCGCCGGCAUCGUAGCCUUCAUUCCUAGCUGUAGUACGGAAGGAUUAGACACAACUUUUCCAUUUAUGCAAGAAAAUUAUUUCCCUGUAAUGAAUGAGCUCCAAAACGCACCCCCAGUGGCCAAUCUAACAUUUGUAGGUCAUAAGAGCUGGGCUGUAAUUCGUCGUGGCCUCCAUUUCUACAUUGAAGGUCUCAUUUUGACCGGAUUCGCUCCAGGAGCCAACGUAAUCAAAAUUGGCGACAUUUACCAUACCGCUCUUAAAGAAUCCGGCUAUUUCCAGUUCACUCUUCCUCCAGGAAUCUACAAUGCUCAAGGAUUAAGACAAUCUGUCAUUUCUGACUCAAUUUUACCAGUUUACAAAUUUUACAUGUCAGAUUUUUCACAUAUUGACGUUCCAACCUCUGAAGGUGUCCACAUCUUCUCGAUCAUUACUAAUCCUGUCUUCGAAACGAACUUCAUUUUGAUGCUUUCGUCAUUAGUGAACACAACAAAAGAGAAGAUCACUGCAUAUGUUGUAAAUCCUCCAAGAAGCGGCGAAGGCUUUGGAGUUAACAUUGUUCCUGUUGCAGAAUACGUUCCUCCCUUCCUUGAGAUGUCAACAGCACACGAGAUGAUGGUUGCGACAAUGAAACACGCGAUGGUGGAUUUCAUCCUUCCGUCAACAGUAAAACGUGUUGUUUUUGUCGACCAAUCAAUUUUCUUCAAGAAAGACAUAAAAUUGCUGACCGAUUUCAACAUGAGAGAUGCAGCAAUUGCGGCACCACAUUUCGGAAGGAAGUUCAAACCAUUUGUUUCUAUGUGGUUCAUGGAGAGAGAAUCAUUGUUACAAAGAGCAGGAAGACCUUACCAUUCUUCAAGAUUCUUUAUGAUUGACAUGGAAAACGCAAGGAAACAAAACUAUUUCGAUUUGUUCAGGUAUUUGGUAAUGUUCAGAAUAAGGUAUUCAAUAUUUGUUAAUAAUUAUGAUGAUGAGAUAAUGAACCAACUUCAAGUUCCUGUACAAUUCGUUACUCUGCCUGAAGAAGUUUCGUACAUGGAAGGAUCAACAAAUAAAAAGAAGAAAGAUGAUGCUUUGACUGAGUUCGUUUACGAUCCUCCAACAAAAAAGGCUUUGUUCAACAGUUUAAAUACUUAUUUAAAGCUGAGAGCAAACGUUUAUCGAAUGUAUGUCACUCAAAAUGCAACUGUAAAAUAA